AGUCAUUCUAGCGGUUUUUGCUGGUGCACGUUACCAUCAAAGCAAUCCGCAUUUUCUUACCCCACCAUUUUCAUUCCCUAUGGAUGCGUACGAGGAUCUGAUCUACAACAAAAUACUCGAGAACAAGUAUCUUUUAAUAACUGCACCGACAGGUACGGGUAAGUCUACGUACAUCCCAACGCUGAUCAGCAGGCGCUUUCCCACAUACACCGUAGCAAUUAUUCAGCCACGCAGGCUGGCAGUACUAAACAUAUACACAUACCUCAAGCACAGGAUACGUCAUCUCAACUACAGGAUAAAACACUCACGCAAGGAGCACAAGGACGGAAAGAUCACGUUAAUGACCGAUGGAAUGUUCAUCAAGGAUAUAAUGAGCGGUAAGAAAUAUGAUAUGAUUAUCGUUGAUGAGGUGCACGAGAGGAGUGUGCGUAUCGAGUUUGUGCUAAUGUGGAUGAAAACAGUAAACGUGAAGAAGGCCAUUUUUAUGUCGGCAACGGUUGAUGACUGCGACGUAGAAAGAUACUUCGGAUGUGAAAGGGUUGAUUUGAGGAUCAAAGGGUUCAGGGCGCAUGUAUUUUAUGAAAAAGAAGCUGUGAGCGAUUAUCUGAUCGCAGCCUACUACAAGAUAAAGGGUAUAUUGACGGGGAUGGAUGUAGGUAGUGAAAAAGAUGGUACGGCGAAUAAAAGGAAAGAAAAAUUGGAAUUGUUGGGUGGUUUGCAGGCAAGCAAAGCAAAGAAUGUUGCGUGUGUUAGGGAUAUCCUUGUGUUUCUGCCCGGUGAAGAUGAUAUUUUAGAGCUGAAAAGAAUGCUGAAGAGACUGGGUGUUGAUGCUGUAGCGGUACAUUCCAGUACAAACUAUGAGCACAUCACUAGCAGCAGCAGAAAGGAUGGUUAUGAUAGAGAAAGGCAGGAUGAAUGCCGAGAGGACACAAAUAAGACAGAGCUACCGGCCCGUAUAAUUCUUGCAACGAAUAUAGCAGAGACAAGCGUAACAAUACCAAACGUUAGGUAUGUGGUGGAUACAGGCGUGCAUAAAACAAAAAUAUUUAAGAAUGUUAACUUCAUGGGCGCGCAGAGGAUUAGCAGAGAAAGCGCCGAUCAGAGAAAAGGACGGUGUAACAGGCUUGCAGAUGGCGUGUGCUACAGGUUAUACACCGAGGAUGAGUAUAAUAAUAUGAGCAAAAUGGUACCUGAGAUUAUGAGAUGCGAUCUAAGUGAUGUUGUGUUGUGGAUGUGUGCGAUGGGAAUGGAUGUGCUGAAGUGGGCGUUUUUGGUCUAUCCGAGGAGAGAAAAUGUGAAAAGGGCGAUUGAAUUUUUGACUGAGAUUGAAGCGGUUUGUGUGCUGAAGAGCGAGAAGAAAGUGAAGGAAAGAGACACUAAAAAAGAAAAUGAGCUGAGAAACGUAGCGCAUGGUAUGCACAACUGUCAAGAAGUGAAGAAACAGCGUGAUAAGAAGGAGUGCGCUGAUGGUCAUAGCCGUGGAAGCGUAGAUAAUUUCACGAUCAAAAUAACGUCCUAUGGAUUGAAACUGGUAACCUAUCCUUUGGAUGCUAAGCUAUCGAAUUUCAUGCACACAGCCAAUGAUCUAAGCUGUGGUAAACUCUGUGCAAAGAUCGUGUCGCUCAUAAACGAAGAGAACUGUAAUUUUUUGGUGAAUCCCAAGAAAUACGACAUUCUGAGCUUACUUGACCUGAUGAACGCCUUUUUGCAGGAAAACGAUAGCGGAGCGUAUAACCAAUAUCUUAUGAAGCAGGAUGCUGCCCCUGAUCCAUACGGCGAUACGCUGAUAGAUGGCACGGAAAGAACCUUCGAUAAGUUAAAGUUCUGCAAGGACAAUCAACUUAACAUAAGAGCGCUUCAGCGAUGCGCGCUGACCAACAAUCAGCUGCAGAAAAGGGCCAAGGGCGUAUUGGUACAAAACGUAGAAAGGGCAUUCAGCAAAAGCUUUAAACACAAUCUCAGCGUGCUGCAGAAGGACGGCAGCUAUAAAAUGCGAAGCGGACAGUCCGUAUAUGUGCAUCCAAGUUCGUAUUUCUUCAACAAGAGAGUAAAGAAAAUCGUAUUUGUGGAUGUGCUGUGCACGAGCAAGUUUUAUGUUCGGGUUGUAGGGCGGUAUUUGGAGUGAUGUGGAUCAACGCCAUGAAGAUAACGGUUUAUACAAAUUGUGUGAUCGUAAUUGCUGUCAUUGUUUAAGCACUCUGAGCUCGUUAUGGCGUAAACAGUUAAGCGAUUAAUCAGUAGAAGCGUAUGCGUAGUGUGCUUUUCCACUAAAAACAUCGCUACUAUCUCCUUACAUAGCAACAUCAUCCGAACAAGCGCACCAUACCGGUCUGCUGGCACCAAUCACGAUCAGUGCUUUGAUUUAUAACCGAUCAUCUCUAACCGUUAAAAUUGCAGACCUUAAUGCCAACAUUAAAUAGCAACAAUCUAAUCAGCAUAUCUUGUGAGAUGGCAUCUGUAUAAUUACGAUUUUGAUUGUGACUUCUUUAGCAGAAUUAUUGUGCAGAAAAUUAUUAUGGCAGAUCAGCUGUCUUAUACUGUUACCUGCAGCAGAUCAACAUCCUUGAUGAUCAUAACCGCGCGUUAUGGUUGUCUAAAAGUAAACUUUGUUUGAUGUUGA